AUGGAUUCCAGAACAACAACCACAGAGUCGUCGAGUAAACGACCGCGAUCGCCGUCGGGUGACUUCCCGGCCAUCGCAUCCAAAGUCCCCAAGACCCAUUCGAAUCACCUGCAGAUCAACUACCUGGCGCGCCAAUAUCCAGACAACCUGCCUCUGGUCUCCGUCGAGGAUACGAUGCCGGCCAUCAUCCACUUGAUCGGGGAGUACGACGGCGUCCUACAUCGACACGAGAGCAUCGCCGGCAACCUGGGCGCAUGUCCCCUGGGUCCCAUCCUGAUCAAGCGCUUCGAGCGCUUGUUCGACGGGCCCCCGCGCGUCCUCAAGUCGCAUGGCAAGGACUCCCCCAACGUCACCUGGCUGGACGUCGUGGAAUUUGCCAAGAGCAAGCCGGAACAGUUCAACCUGGAGAAGUCUCGCAACGGAGUGCGAGUCUGCCAGUUCUAUACCAAGCAGUGUCGCGUGGAGAUCAGUGAGGAGGACUUUGUUCUCAUCGCCUCGGGAAUGCCCCAGAAGAUGAUCCCUCCUCAGCCGAUCAUUGAGGAUGAGGAGAAGGAACUGGGCGCGUUGGAAAUCUUGGAGAAGAAUCUCCAGCAGAUCAUCCAGAUCGCCGACCAGGUGUCGGCCCGAGCCAGACAGUUGAAUCAUCGACUGAAGAAUCGCCGCACCGCCAUCGUCACUCGUCGGGAAAACGAUUCGACUUUGCAUUCGCAACGACAGCAGCGCUCGAUGAGUCCCACCUGGCGCGACGCCAAUGGCAGUCAACUCCCCCUCAACGGCAACAGCCACCCCAACUCCAACGCGCACUCGCCCUCGACGGGCUUCGUCGCCGUCAACACCGGCCGGCCCGGGGCAAGCGGCGGAGACGCGCUGGCGGAGGAGAGCAAUGCCAAUGCGCUGUCGUCGCAAUUCAUGUUCUCGCAUUCCAAUACGGACAAUGUCACUAUCAUCAACGGUACGUCUAUCAAGGGGGCAUCCCCGACCACGCGCGCCGAGCUUAUGAAGAAAUUCUUCACCACUCAAGACCGUCAAGCUCGGAGCGUCGACGAAACGCCCGGGUCCACCAACCGGCAGUCGUCGCGUCCUCGGCCGCGCGCAUCGGACGCCGCCGACUACAGCGCCAUGUUCACCCCGGCGCCCGCCACCGUGGCCAUCCCCAGCACGCCGUCCUCGCUACUGCCGCCCCCCAAGUCCCACCACCACGAGAAGGAUGACGGCGGGCCGUACAAGAUGGAGAUGGUUGCGCGCAUGGAGGAGCUACAGCGGGGUGAGCGCAUCCUGCCCCCGUGCGAUCGGUGUCGUCGCCUGCACAUGGACUGCUUGAAGAAUCUGACCGCCUGCAUGGGCUGCACGAAAAAACACGCCAAGUGUUCGUGGAAGGACGUCAAGGAGGAGGAACUGCGCGAGUCGCGGGCCGAGCGCAGUUCCCGGGAGCGAGUCGAGGAUGCGCCUCUGAAGGAGACCCCCGCCGGAGUCCCUCCGGUCAGCAGCUUGCCGGGGACUCUGUCGCAGGCGCCGACUCCGGGGUCGACCGCCAUGAUCCUGGACCCGGAUCGGCACCGCGUGGACCGUGAGAUGUACCGCGAGCACCGGGACCAUCGAGAGCACAGAGACCCUCGAGACCCUCGAGACCCCCGGGAAAGCCGCGAGAGCCGCGAGAAUCGGGACAUGAUUCGGGAUAGUCAUCGCGAAUUCAACGUCCGCCGCGAAUCCGCACCGACCACGGGGCCCUCUCCGGGCACGCCGCUGGGGAGGGAACCUUCUCCCCGGCGGGCCGUGAGCGAACUCCAGAGCAGUGCAUCUCUCGGUCAUGGACGCAUGGUGCACCGACACCACGACCAUGCCGCCGAGGACGACGACCAGGGUGCCAACCACCGGCUGAUGCAGGCGAUCAUGGACACGGUGGACCACCACGCGCGCGUCGCCGCCGCCGUGAAGGAGGGUGGAGACGGUCUCGAUCGAGAGAGGGAGCGAGAACGCGAACGCGAACGUGAAUCGCAACGGGAGCGGGAGCGAGAGCAUGAGCAUGAGCAAGAACUGGAGCGCGAGCGAAAGGUGGUGCGAGCAUAA